CAAUAUGUGUUUAUUUCUGUGUAUAGUAAACACUUUUCAAGUUUGAUUUGAUUUUAUGAAGUGUUUAAUUAGAUAAAUAAGUUUAGGGGUUAUGUUUAGGGUGUGGACGACUUAUAUUUCGGUCGUCUGUUGAAUAAUUUACACGGACGACGUAUAUUUCAGUCGUCCACAUCGUACCGAACCUUUAAUUUUACCAAUGUACGUUUUAACCUAACCGGAUCAUUUACCGGACAUAUAAAAGCUAUUUUUUUCACUGUUUCACAAUUUUACGAAACCCUAGCGCCGUUUCUCUCCAACGGCGAUUUCGAAGGCGAUAAGACGAAAACCCUACCGUGGUCGUGUUCCGCCGUUAUCUUCGCCGGUAAUCUCUCCGAUUACGACGAAUCUCGUUUCUCCUUCAUGCCGUAGAGUAUUUUCGUAGUUUAAACUGACCGUCCGCUUCUUUUUUUCAGAUCUGAAAUCUCGUUUGCCAAACUCCGCCGCCGGUAUGUUAUUUCUCAUGUAUUAAGGCGUUUAGCCGCCGGAAAAACCCUAAAUAUUUUAGUAUUGAUUCUUCUUUUCCCUUCGAUUUGCAGAUCUGUAACGGCUUGGGGCCACAUCUUCUCCGACCAUAUCUUCUCGGACAAUAUAUUCUCCAACUGUAAGUCAUUCGUCUUUUGUUUAAAAGAUUUUGAGAUUGUUGUAGUCUUUUGCUGAAAGAUUACCCAGACGACUUCCAGGAAGUGAGAAGACUACUCAGACGACUUCCAGGAAGUGAGAAGACUACUUGGACGACUUCCAGGAAAGUCUUCUACUAUGUCUUACUCUCUGGACGACUUACAUGUAAGUCGUCCAGAGAGUAAGACAUAGUAGAAGACUUCCUGGAAGUCGUCCAAGUAGUCUUCUCACUUCCUGGAAGUCGUCUGAGUAGUCUUCUCACUUCCUGGAAGUCGUCUGGAAGUCUUCUAUAGCAUUUAGCAUAGUGCGCAACCUAUGUGUUUGAGAUGGUUGUUUGUGAUUAUUUGCAGGCCUUUAAAUGGAUUUACCAGAAUUCCCGCCGAGGAUGUUUACAUUAGGAGAAGAGCCUGAUGCAAUCAGGAGCAUUUCGUAUCAUUCUGAUGACACGAAGUUGUUUAAAGCUCUAUGUGAUUGUCUCACAGCUGACGAAUAUGAGGAUCUGAAGGCGUCGAAGUUAGGAGUGUUCAUCAAAUUCAAGGAGCUUGACUUUGGUUGGACUUCAAGGCUGGUACAUUUUAUGCUCUCUUUCCAGCUAGACAUCAAGAAGAAGUUUGAGCUCUGGAGUCUUGUCGUUUCACAACCUGUGAGGUUUUCACUGAUAGAGUUUGAAUACCUCACUGGGCUGAACUGCGAUUACAUCAAGGACCUGGAAAAUCCAAGGUGUGAGGUUACGACGGAGAUGGCUGCUUUCUGGGAGAAGAUGGGUGUUGAUAUCGAUACUGGGCCAAGUAUUGAUCAGAUAACAGAAGCAUUUUACAACUGCGACGAGUGGUCUCGGGAUGAUCGCAUGCGGCUGGGAUACCUUGCCAUCUACGCAGGGUACAUCGAAGGGAAAAAGUUCUCAUCCGCUACAUCAGCUAGUCUUGCAAGGCUAGUGAUGGAUUUAGAAAAAUUUGAGAAUUAUCCAUGGGGGAGAGUGGCGUUUAAGGUGCUGAUGGAUUCUCUGAAGGCAAAAGACUUGACGCAAACUGGUUACACUGUUGAUGGGUUCAUACAAGUGCUCCAAGUGUGGGCGUACUAUGCUCUGCCAGAAUUGGGUGCUAAUUAUGGGUCUCCCGUACCAAACAGACCGUCUCCACUGUUGCUGGCUUACAAGGGUGGCAAAAGACAACGCAAAUUUUUUAAGGCUGCUAUCAAUAAACAGACUAUCGUGAAGAACUUCGUUCAGAAGGAUUUUGAUGAAAUGUUUCCAAAAUGGGACGGAGACGUAGAUGACCCUGCCGCGGAUAACAUAAUUAAAGUCAUGUUUAAUGAUCCUGGAUGGGAGUGGACCAUGGAAUGCUGGCCAGUCACCGGUACUCGCAAGGUUGUGAAGAUGGAAGUGAUUCCAGUGAAGAAUGAAGUGAGUCCCGUGAAGUCAGAGAGUGUUGUGAAAGAAGAAAGUAGCAGACCUCGGAAGAAAGCUCGUAAAGGGUCUUCUGUUUCUGCUGAGAAACCUGCGGCGGGUAGUGAAGGUCAGCAGAUUGAAAAGACCUUGAAGGACAUAUCUGAUGCCAUUAAUCUUGGCUUUGGGACGUGUCUUAAGGAGCUCAAGUUACUGGCGGAUAGGAUUGAAGCUGUGGAGAAGAAGGUGGGAAUCACCAACAGAGGGGGUUCAUCUGAUGAUCGUCAACUUACAACCACUUCAAAUCCACCAAAACCUGUUGACGAACCCGGGGUUAGUACCAAAACCUCUCCCAAAAUUGCAGAGAAGAGAGUCACUAGGCAAUGUGUUAGGAAGAGUCAGGACUGUGAAUUUGAUCUUUUGUUAAUAGUUUUUAAACACACUGUGAACUCGAAAUUGCAGAGUGAAAGUGUGAAUGGGGCGAAAGCAGGACAGAAGGAAGCCAAAGAACCGAGUCUUACUACAGAACCGAGUUCCUCGAGAGAGCUCUGUCUUGUGAGUCCUGCAGACGACUUACCGAGUGAAGAUCCUAGCCUUCUUAUAUUGGACAAACAAGUUUCGACCGCUUCAGAUUUACUCGUUGAAGAAGCUAGAAGGCAGACAAAGAAGGAGACUGCUUUGGUGAAUCUCCGUAAAAAAAGUGUGCGAGAAAGGAAGCUUGCUCCCACACAGCAAACUCCUUUUAAGGGAAACAGCACUGCCAAACAGAUCAUUCCAAACAAACAGGUUGGCGGAGGCUAUGAUCCUUUUGCACCCAUUGACAAGAUGAAGUCGAAGGAGCUCACUGCAUGGGUGCAAAAAGAUCCUUCUUAUAAACUGCCUCUGAAAAAAAAACCACGUAGAUGUCGAAGUCGAUUCUAUCAGGUCCUCCGAACCCCCUUAGAAUGGCUAACCGACCAUCAAAUGGAUGCUUUUAUUAAUAUACUGAGGCAACGGUACCAAAACCAUCCAGAACAUUUCAGGAGCGACAGAAUGUGCUUUCUUGAUCAUGUCUUUUCUCGGCAGUGGAGGGCCUCCUACCCUGAUUUUAAGAGCGACGCUCCUGAUGCCAACGGUUUAGGAAGAAGACUCCCUGGUGGGGCGUGGAAUUAUCAUGCAGGCUUGAUACCUUCUUUUUGCCAAUCUAAGAAGGUUUGGGGGGUGGAUGUGGAUGAUAUCUAUGCACCUGUGAACUUCAAGAACGAGCAUUGGAUUGCUAUAUGGAUAUCGAUCCCUAAGAGGCACAUCGUCGUCUGGGACAGCAUUGUCUCUCAUAUUAGGCCUGCAGAACUCGAUGAGGUAAUGGAGCCUUUUGUCACAAUGGUCCCUUAUCUGCUUGUUGAGUGCGCGCUCUCUGACGAACAAAAGGUUCAAUACACAUUGGAGCCAUACACAUAUGCGAGACAAACCGUUGGAGUACCUCAGUGCCGAGCUGGUGAUUGUGGGGUUUUCACUCUGAAGUACAUCGAAUGUCAUGCUCUUGGGAUAGAAUUUCCCACCGCGUUUGACAAAAAACACGGGAAGACCAUCAGGGAGAAGAUGGCGCUGGAUAUAUUUCGAGAGCUUCCUAAGUGCCAUGAAUGGGAAAACCAAGACAAUGAUGAGAACCUGGCAACGUAUGAUUAGAUAUUGGAUGUGUUAUUGCGAUUGUAUUUGAACUUGAUGCUUUUGUGUACUGUUGUUAGGUAGAUUAGGGGAUGUUAACAGGGUCAGGAUAGGAUGAUGUUUUUUGUAACCUAUCCUCACACCAAACUAGAAUUCCGUAGGAAAUUAGUUUGGUAGUGCAGUAACCUUUCGGAAUAUGUAAUGUUUAACUUGUAUUUUUUAAAUUGCACUGUUGGAAUUAGUUUCGGAAUAUGUAAUGCUUAACAUAGAAGGUCUACAAAGAAAAGUUCAUAAAACAUAUAAAUUCAUAACAUAGAGUCUACAGAGAAGUUCAUAAAACAUAGAAAAUCAUUGGACGACUUACUUAAAGGUCUUCUGGACGACUACAGAGAAGUUCAUAAAACAUAGAAAAUCAUUGGACGACUUACUUAAAGGUCUUCUGGACGACUACAGAGAAGUUCAUAAAACAUAGAAAAUCAUUGGACGACU